UGCCAAACCCUCGAUAAUAUGUAUCUCUGUUGAUGAACGAGAUUAAAUAAUAAAGUUUAACUUGAAUUAUUUAAAAAAUUACAACGGUAACACUAUAUUGUUAAAAUCUUAUCAUAUUCUAAAAAUAUUCAAGUUUAUGGCAUGUGGUUUUUUAUUUCUUAAACUUGGGAGGUUAAUAAUGAAAAUAAUCGAAUAAGUCAUGUCGGGAGCUUGUCCGCCAUAAGAGCCUGUGUAUAAGAACUUUGAAAACAUCAUUUUUAAAUCUUUUUUUCUAAAAAUCUAGACGGUGGAUCAUAUUCAAAUUUUGAGAACACAUAGAUAAAGUACUUCUUUACAUGUAUACUGUUUCAAAUCUUAAAGUCGGAAAAUACUUUUUACAUUAGAUUUGGUCGAACCUCCUUCAGUUAAAAAAAAGUAAUCAUUUAAAUAUAUAACUAAAGUCUAUUGUCACGUCCUCUCAUAAUUAAAUUCUCUCACCCAGGUAUUUUAUUGAAGCUGAAAUUCUAAAGUGACGGAUGUCUAAAAUGAUAUCGCAAUGACUUUAAUUUAUUUAUUACAAUAUUCACAUUCAAAUAAUAAAACAAAUAUAUAAAUAAUUAAAUAAUUAGUAAUUAUUAGUUAUAUUAUUGUUGAAAAGUUAUUGAUUGAUUUUUAAAAAUGGAGGAAGCUAAAUUUUUAAAAAGAAAAGUCCGAUCCGGAAGUUUAGAUGUCCACCCAACAGAAAAAGCUCUGGUAGUAAAUUACGACGUAGAAGCUUUAAUCCUCGGUGAACUAGGAGACCCGAUGCUGGGAGAUCGUAAAGAAUGUCAAAAAAUAAUCCGCCUGAAGAGUUUGAAUGCAGACACAAACGUCUCGCUCCUCGCCAAAGAAGUAAUGGAAAAAUGUUCCCUCAUCCACGAGUCAAAGCUUCACGAAGUAGAGCAGCUGAUUUACUAUCUCCAGAACCGUAAAAUAAACGAGGACCAGCCGUCGCGACCGGUGUCAUCCACAAAUUCAGACACCGAUGAGCGCGCGGUGAUCAGUAACGUCGACAGCUACAUCGAGUUACUCUACGAAGAAAUACCCGACAAAAUAAAGGGAUCGGCUUUGAUACUCCAGCUGGCGCGUAUUCCCGACAACUUAUUGGAGUUGACUAAAAACGAGUCUCUCCUCAGCGCACUGGCGCGAGUUCUCCGCGAGGAUUGGCGUCGCAGCAUCGAACUUUCCACCAACAUCGUCUACAUCUUUUUCUGCUUUUCCACAUAUACGCAAUUCCACAGCAUAAUUCUUGAGUACCGCAUCGGCUCGCUCUGUAUGGAAAUUAUCGACUACGAGCUCCAGCGUUACGACCAAUGGCGCGACGAUAUGGAAAAACGUCGCCGUUAUUUUGAAACCACGACCGGUUUAGUUAUUUAUCCAUCAGUAACUUCUAUUUCUUCUUCAACGAAUUCAACUGACGCUGAUAAAAAAAUUAAAAUAACUGAUGACAUCUGGACCACAGAGGCACCAUUGGACUACGAGUUAAAACGACGGUCAACAGAAGUUAAUUUCCACAUAACUGAUGCUGAGGUAAAACGUAUGAAAGAUGAUCUAGAAAAGUACCGGAAGAAAUUUAAAAAUUUGACCAAAAAACAGGAACAAUUAUUGCGGGUCGCUUACUAUUUGCUGCUAAAUAUCGCGGAGAAUACAGACGUCGAGCGAAAAAUGCGUAAAAAAAACGUAAUAUCCAUGAUCAUAAAAACGCUUGAUCGCACCAACAAUGACCUGCUAAUUCUCAUAAUAACCUUUUUAAAAAAACUAUCGAUAUUCCGCGAAAACAAGGACGUGAUGGCAAAUGAAAACAUUAUUGAAAAGCUGCCACGUCUUUUGCAGAACAACAAUAACAUCGAUUUGAUACUGAUCACACUAAAGUUAUUAUUUAAUUUGUCAUUUGAUUUAAAACUGCGCGGGAAAAUGAUCCGCGUGGGCUUGUUACCAAAAUUGAUAAAACUUCUUGGGCAGAAUGAGAUUAAAAAUAAGACAACUAUCUUAGGGCUGCUGUAUCACUUGAGUAUGGAUGAUAAAGUAAAACUGAUGUUCAACAAUACGGAGUGUACGCAGUUGAUAAUCGACAUGAUUUUAGAAGUAGACGACGAUCGUUUCAAACGCGAACUAGUGGCAGUUGGAAUUAAUUUGUCGAUAAAUUAUAAAAAUGCGCUGAUGAUGAUCGGGAAUAAUCGUCUGCAAGGACUGAUACGCAAAGCGUUUCGUAAUCAGGAUUCACUGCUGAUGAAACUGAUACGAAAUAUUUCUCAGCAUGAUGGAUUGAAAGACUACUUUGUUGAUUUUGUUGGUGACUUUGCUAUGGCGCUAACGCAGUCUGAUUCCCAGGACUUUAUUUUAGAACUCAUUGGUGUAAUGGGAAAUUUAGUUCUGCCGGAUUUAGACUACGCUCAAAUAUUGCAGCGAUGCAAUUUAAUUCCUUGGAUUAGGAAUAAUUUGGUGGUGGGAAAGGCGCCAGAUGAUUUGAUACUGGAGGUCGUUAUUUUAUUGGGCACUGCUGCUAGCGAUGAGGAUUGCGCGAGAUUGAUUUGCAAAGCUGACUUGCUGCUGUCGUGCAUCGAGUUGCUGAAGGCGAAGCAAGAAGACGAUGAGAUCGUGCUGCAAAUUAUUUAUGUUUUCUAUCAGAUCGCGAUGCAUGAGUCCACGAGAGACUACUUGAUACGGGAAACUAAUAAUGAGGCGCCGGGUUAUCUUAUUGAUUUGAUGCAUGAUAAGAAUCCAGCAAUCCGGAAAGUUUGCGACGCCUGUUUAGAUGUAAUUGCAAUGUGCGACAAGGAAUGGGCAGCGAGGAUAAAAGUCGAGAAGUUCAGGUCCCAUAAUCAGCAAUGGCUGGAGAUGGUUGAGUCUAUUGCUGUGGACAAUGCUAAUCAUUUGAUUGUUGAUGAUGAUGAGAGCUUGCCGCCUUAUUUGAAUGAUGAUUUGUUAAAGCACACGAUGCUGUUUCCUUCGGGUACUACUACGAGUUUCAGUACCGAUGAUAUGGAGAUGAGUGGGAUCAAGUCAACAGAUUCAGGAGAAUGUCAAAGUCGACCUGCUAGUCGAUACAGCCGUGACAUGGAUGACAUAAACGAUUUCUUAGCAAGAUCUAAAUCCCGAAUGUCUGUGGGCUCAGGUAUAGAAGACCUCUACCAUAAUUCAAAAGUUAGAUUUUCCGAAGCUGAUUCUUCUCAUCUCCUACUUUAA